AUGUCAGUUCCAGUUGUAAUGACUGCAUUGUCUCACCCAGGAGUAGACUGCAAUGUCCUCAUCCAGGUGUAUGACUGCAUUGUCCCACCUAGUUGGUUCCUGGUGUCACUAGCGGUGGCUGACCUACUGCUGCUGUUGUUGUGUGUACCACUAGAGACUCUGCAAUACUUCCUAUGGACGCCCCACCUCUCCCUACCAGUGUGCAAACUCUCAUCUUACUGUGAGCUGCUGUCUGCCGUAGCUUCAGUACUCAACCUCACAGCAGUCAGCCUUGAGAGGUACAUCGUGAUUGUGUACCCUAUGAGGUCCCGCACCUUCUGUACUCUCAGUAACUGCCGCCGGGCUAUCAUCGGUGUGUGGUGCGUCUCUCUGGUGCUAUCAGUCCCCGCUGGCGUCACUCAGGACGUGUACUCCAUGACGUACUAUAACGCCAGCCACAGCGUCACCGUCUACCACUGCGCCACAGGCGGUGACCACGGAACACUAUUCGCUGUCUAUCGUCUGGUCAUCGUAUUCGUCAUCCCGGCUCUCUUCAUGUCCUUCUUCUACGCCCGGGUCAUCAAGGCGCUGUGGGUGUCCACCAAGAAGAUGACGGCCAUGACCCGUGUCUACAGCAUCUCAUCACACAACUCGCUGGCGUCCUGUUCUGUGUCGUCUGGGCUGGUACAUCCAUCGUCGUCAGCAACGUCAGGCCUCGCAGCGCUGCACGCCGGAUGUCCCGUCAAGCGAUGCGUCCACAGGCAGCGGUCUGGGGAGGAAGUCAAGCAGGCAAGGAAGCAGGUAGGUUUCCAGCGAGGAUGUCAAGGGAAGCAGGCACUCUUCUGCGGGGGAGAUGAAGGUAGUACGCGAAUCUCUGUGAAGGCGGUGAAGGAAAGCAGAUACCUAUGUCGCUGUGAAGGAGGGGAGGAAGCAGUUGCAACUUGCAACUUCGCAGGACAUUUACUGAUACACAGUGAACGCUUUAGUGUAACAAAAAUAAUUAUUAUCAUCUUGAUUCACCUCUGGAACAUAACAAUAGACAGUGGCAGUGGGAUAUUGUUGCAUCAUAUACCAGAAAUGAAUCUGAUCAUGUUGAUGAUGAUGACAGUGAUGAUGACGAUAAUGAUCAUGAUGAUGGCUGAAUCUGUCACCGAGACGUUGAAUAGUGCGUGUGUUUCUCUUUGCCACAGUUUCAUGUCGACUAACUUCGGGCGAAUGAUGCGACGGUCGUGUGCCAGAGACAACUGCUCCUCCCUGCUGAAUACACUGUGUGUGGGAACCUCCAAAAAGUGUAAACACAAAUCCGACGUGGCUGGCACUCGUGCGGGUGCAGCUCUUGCACCACCCACCACCCCGCCCACAGCACCCUCAGAACCCCUGUAUCUUGAGAAUGGUGUGGGCUUCGACCUGCCCACCACCUCCUACCUGGACCUCAAUGGUCACACUUCAAGUGCGGCCAACACCCUCAGGACCAACACUGACGACAACCAAGACUCCAGAAUCUAAGACAUGCUCUCAGAUUCCAAAAUACCGGACAGAAUCACUUCCAUCUUCAUGUAUCCGGAGAGACACACAACCAGUCAACCAUCCCAGGAUUAGAGAUACAUGAACUAAUUAUGUAUUUCCCGGGGAAGAACUAAACGCGUAGGGGCCAUACAACA